CUAAAAAUAUGGUGAUUCGUGGUGAUAAAGAUGAACAGGCUGUGCUGUGCAGUAAAGACAAAACCUAUGACUUGAAGAUAGCAGAUACUUCCAAUAUGUUGCUUUUAAUUCCUGGUUGUAAAACUCCAGACCAGCUGAAGAUGGAAGAAACCCACUGUAACAUUAUUCACACCGAGAUCUUUGGUUUUUCUAAUAAUUAUUGGGAACUAAGAAGAUGUAGACCUAAAUUAAAGAAGCUAAAGAGACUUUUAAUGGCAAAUACCUAUGAAGGACCUGACAGUCAAAAAGAAAAGGAUUCCAAUUGCUCAAAAUAUACCACUGAAGAUUUGCUUGAUCAAAUUCAGGCAAGUGAGGAAGAAAUAAUGGCCCAAUUACAAGUUCUAAAUGCCUGUGAGAUUGGAGGUUAUUGGAGGAUUCUUGAAUUUGAUUAUGAGAUGAAACUUCUGAAUCAUGUAACUCAGCUUGUGGAUUCUGAAUCAUGGUCUUUUACUAAAGUUCCUUUGAAUAUAUGCCUUCAGGAACUUGGACCAUUAGAGCCAGAAGAAAUGAUUGAACACUGUCUUAAGUGUUAUGGAAGAAGAUAUACAGAGGAAGGUGAAAUUUAUUUUGACUUGAGCGCUGAUAAAAUCUGUAGAGCAACAGCACAAAUGCUACUUCAGAAUGCAGUGAAGUUCAACCUCGCCGAGUUUCAGGAAGUGUGGCAGCAAAGUGUCCCUGAAGGAAUGAUAACCAGGCUUGAGCAGCUUAAGGGUUUGGCCUUGGUGGAUAGACAGUCAAGACCAGAAAUCAUAUUUUUGCUAAAAGUAGAUGAUUUACCUGAAGAUAAUCAGGAACGUUUUAAUAGUCUAUUCUCUCUAAGGGAGAAAUGGACAGAAGAAGAUAUUGCUCCAUAUAUUCAAGAUUUGUGUGGAGAGAAGCAAACCAUAGGUGCAUUACUCACUAAAUAUUCUCGAUCUUCGAUGCAAAAUGGUGUUAAAGUUUAUAACUCAAGAAGACCCAUUUCUUAAAAGAACAACAGUCUUUUCUUUGCAACUAAAGUUCCUUUAUAAAGUUGCUGGUUAUUAUAAGAAAAAUAUGCUUUUAUGCAUUUGUAUUUCAGACUUUUAAAAACCUUGUACUACGAGGCAUUUUUCUUUUCAUCUUAAGCAUUUUGAAACUACUGCUCUUCUUUUUUCUUAAAUGUAAUAGGAUAUUCCUGUCUUUCAAGUUAUGUUUGUAUUAGGUACACAGUAUAAACAAGGACAGAAGAAAGUGUUAUUUCUUAUGUUUAGUAUAUCUCUAUAGUUCAUUUGGUUUUAUUUAUUGAAAAUAUUUGCUUUUUAAAUAUUUAAUAUUGUAUUUCUUUCAUUAGGAUUUGACAUUGUAAUCAUUAAUAAAUUUAAAUUUUUUU